AUGGGGUGUCUCAAGUUGGAUCUUCGCCUGGGCUUCAUCUCUUCGAUCGUGCCAGGACUGUGGGCCCUGCCGCUGUGCGGCGUGCCGGAGCCCGUGCAGAUACCCACGGACUCUUCUGCGCCGCUGGACCCGGACGAGGACGUCACGGUGCGGCCGUCCCAGGUGCCUGGCUGCCCGGAGGGCCGGGUGGACUGCGGCAGCUGCUCCUGCGUGCCGCGGGCCACGUGCACCUGGUGUCCCGGCGCCGGCGGCAACACGACUUCGAAGGUGCCUUAUUGCCCCAAGGGGCAUGUGGACUGCGGCAGCUGCCUUUGCGUACCAGAGGACACCUGCGAGUUCUGCCCCGAUUUGCCGAGCCAGCCGCUGCCGUCCCCCUUGACGAACGCCAGCUCCCGCCCCUCCGCGGUGCCGGGCUGCCCGGAGGGCCACGUGGACUGCGGCACCUGCCUCUGCGUGCCGGAGUCGAGCUGCCGAUGGUGCCCAGGCGCCGAGCCGUCGCCUGCGCCUCCCGCGCCGCUGGUGACGGCGCCCUCCACGGUGCCGCUGUGCCCGGCGGGCUACGUGGACUGCGGCGAGUGCAGCUGCGUGCACGAGUCCAGCUGCCGCUGGUGUGGCGCGGAGUUUGUCACCUCGACCACUACGGAGAAGCCGACCACCACGGAGAAGGCGGCCACCACGGAGGAGGCGACAACGACCACGAAGAAGGCGACGACGGAGAGGACGACGACAGAGGCGACGACCACGGACGUGCCUGUGAUGACGACAGAGGCAACGACGGAGCCGGUCAUGAGCACCGCGCUGGCGACGACCACUACGACCACGCGGCACAUUGUGAGUCGACCGUCCGAGGUGCCUUUCUGCCCGCGGGGCUACGUGGACUGCGGCGCCUGCCUGUGCGUGCCGCACGCCAGCUGCCGCUGGUGCCCAGGCGCCUGGUCCUCUCCUGCAGAGCCGGAGACGGAGCCAGGGCACAUCGUGUCGAGGCCCUCCACCGUGGCCUUCUGCCCCUCGAGCUACGUGGACUGCGGCACCUGCCUCUGCGUGCCGGAGUCCUCUUGCCGGUGGUGCCCGGGCGCCUGGUCGCCGGGUCCCAGCCCCUCUCCCGGCCCCGGCCCCAGUCCGAGCCCCUCGCCCCCGACGGGAGCCAUUGUGGCGCGACCUUCUGACGUGCCCUUCUGCCCAGCGGGCUAUGUGGACUGCGGCACUUGCAGGUGUGUGCCACGCUCCUCUUGCCGCUGGUGCCCAGGCGCAUUCCAGCCAUCACCUUCCCCGUCGCCAUCACCCUCCCCGUCGCCAUCGCCCUCCCCAUCGCCAGGUGGCAUUGUCAGCAGGCCGUCAACGGUCUUCGGCUGUCCGGCGAGUUAUGUGGACUGCGGCCUGUGCUUGUGCGUGCCGCGCUCCUCUUGCCAAUAUUGCCCCGGAGCACAUGAGCCAUCGCCAUCACCUCCGCCUUCGCCGAGCCCGCCCAGCACAGGCAUCGUCAGCACGCCCUCCACUGUCAUCGGCUGCCCCGCCAGCUACGUGGACUGUGGCACUUGCCUCUGCGUGCCUGAGUCCUCCUGCCGCUGGUGCCCGGGCGCCACCUCCUCCCCCGGAUCUAUCGUGGCGCGGCCCUCCGAGGUCGCGUUUUGCCCCUCGAGCUACGUGGACUGCGGCACCUGCUUGUGCGUCCCCAGGUCCAGCUGCCGCUGGUGCCCCGGCGCUUCGGGGCGCAAUUUGGCGUCGGAGGCCGACAGCGUGCCGAAUUUGCCGGCGGUCUUGGGGUCGUCCAAAGUGGAUGGCUGCCCCGGCGACUUCGUGGAUUGCGGCUCCUGCUUGUGCGUGCCUGAGCAGAUCUGCGACUUCUGCCCGCCUGUGCCGGAAGUUCCCCCCCUCGCGGAGCCGGUGCCGGGUCGGAACUUCACCAUGCGGCCCUCGGAGGUGCCUUUCUGCCCCGAGGGCUUCAUGGACUGCGGCGCCUGCUUCUGCGUUGCCCCGGCCACCUGCGCCUUCUGCGAGGAUCCCAUGGGCCCGCCGGAGCUGAACCUUACCCCCUCGGAAGUGCCGGGCUGCCCCGACGGCAACGUGGACUGCGGCGCCUGCCGUUGCGUGCCGGAAGCCUCUUGCCACUGGUGCCCCCCGGGCAUCGGCGCGCCGGGCCUGAACGCCACGGCCCAGCCCAGCCAGGUUCCGUUCUGCCCGGAGGGCUUCAAGGAUUGCGGCGCCUGCCUCUGCGUUCCGGAGGAGACCUGCCAGUGGUGCGGCUUCGAGGAAGUGAUUCCCCUGGAGCCGGCGAGGAACGUGACGCUGCGGCCCUCCGCUGUGCCAUUUUGCCCGGAGGACUUCUUCGACUGCGGCAGCUGCCUCUGCGUCCCUGAGCUCACCUGCCAGUGGUGCGAAUGA